CUCGGUAGUGGUUGGGGAGGGCGGGGACAGUCCCGUCAAACGGAGCGGUGGAGCUGACAGACAUUUUCACCUCGUCCACUCUCUCUGAGCAAACAACAAGGACGCGGCGAGGAACAGAAAGUUAAACCGCUGUUUUGAACCGGGUCGACAGUCGACAUGGCAGACGAAGCGGACAUGCGCAAUGAGCUGGCCGACCUGCAGACUCGUGCGGACCAAAUCACAGAUGAGUCUCUGGAGAGCACUCGGCGCAUGCUGGCGAUGGUGGAGGAGAGCAAAGAUGCCGGCAUCAGGACUCUGGUCAUGUUGGACGAGCAGGGAGAGCAACUUGAUCGUGUGGAGGAGGGCAUGAACAAGGUGAACGCAGACCUGAAGGAGGCCGAGAAAGAUUUAAAAGAUAUAGGACAAUGCUGUGGUCUGAUAUGCCCAUGUAUUAAAAAGAUUAAGGGCGGGGGCCAGGCCUGGGGAGGGAACCAGGACGGAGUGGUGAACAGCCAGCCCGGAGCUCGAGUGAUGGACGAGCGCGAGCAGAUGGCCAUCAGCGGGGGCUUCAUUCGCAGGGUGACAGACGACGCUCGGGAGAAUGAGAUGGACGAGAACCUGGAGCAGGUGGGCGGGAUAAUUGGCAACCUGCGUCACAUGGCCUUGGACAUGGGCCAGGAGAUUGACACCCAGAACCGGCAGAUUGACAGGAUCAUGGAUAAGGCCGAUUCCAACAAGACCCGGAUCGACGAGGCCAACCAACGUGCUACAAAGAUGCUGGGCAGUGGCUAAACUGCAGUUUAAAGUGCAUUUGUUUUGACCCCCCCCAACCCCGAAUCAACACCAACAACCAAAACCAACCCCGCCCCCCUUCCAACACCGACGUCUACAGCAGGCGCUGAAGAGUUCAUGCUUUUAUAGUGACACUGAUAGAGGUCUGCACACAUAUCACACACCGCUUCACCCCCCCCCCCCCCAGCCCGCUCACAACCCGCCCCCCCCAGCCCUUUUCGUCAAUGUUGUUCUGUGAUUUUGCAAUGAAGUGAUAGUAGGACAUCAUCCCUCAGAGCUGUACAUAGAGGAACGCGCAGAUCACCCCCGCUGUUUUCCUCAUCCACUCUUUAUUUUUUUAAUGUCUUUAUGUAAAAUAAGCACCUCAUUUAUGACCCCCCCCCCCCCCCCCCCCCCACGCGCCCCCUUCUCCAACACGUCUGUAUUCUCGCCAUUUAACUCACACAUCUUUUUUAGGGAGUCACCGUUCAAAGAUAAGAACGUAAACAUUUGCCAUGAAAAAUAGUCCAAAGUGUGUUUUUUACGUUUGAAGCAGACGUGCGGCUUUAAAUGGUUAAGACUGUGUGCCGGAGAUUUAGUAUUUAAAAAAAAAAAAACUCCUAACGCCAUAUAUUGUAUAGUCCUUUUUCCUCAGGGAAAUAAAUUUGGCCAUUCACAAGAAAGGGUUGGAGUAUCAUACCGACGGGUUGUACUCUUUCAAAAUAUCAUAUUUGUAUCAUAAGUAUAUAUAUUUGUGUGUCUGUGUUAUGUUCUAGAAUUAUCAAUGGUAAAUGUUAGCCCUGAACCAUAGCAGCACCCAGACUGUGUAAAGGAAGAGGACAGCUCUAGAAAAGGCCAGGGGCCUCUCCUCAUAGCAUCAUUCCACCCAGUAUUUAUUAAUGCAUCCAGUGAGUUAUGCAUGUCCCCCACACCGCCAGAAAAAUGCUGAAUUAUUCAUUUUUAUGGUCAAAAAUAUCAAAACAUUAAACACAGCAUGCUACAUAUGUAGGCCACACAGAAGAGGAGCCCACUUCCAUCUGCAGUAGAGCCACUCUGUGUCACGUCUCUUACUUUUCCAGACCAUCACUGUUGAAGUCAUAUGUACCUUGGAAAAUGCCAAUAAAACCAUCAAAACUGUCAAGAAAA